AUGGGUGCUUGUUGUUGUAAAGAUGAAGAAAUAGAUUUUGAUGCCGAAGUUGAACUUUCACAUUUUCAUUUAUUAAGAUCAGUAGGGAAAGGUGCAUUUGGCAAGGUCCGCGUUGUGCAACAUAAACAUUCAAAAAUUUUAUAUGCUCUUAAAUAUAUAAACAAAGCAAAGUGUAUAAAAAUGCGUGCUGUAGAAAACAUUAUACAGGAACGUCGUUUAUUGGAAGAGAUUGAAUAUCCAUUAGUAUGCAAUUUGAGAUAUGCGUUUCAAGAUGACGAGAACAUGUUUAUGGUUUUGGAUUUAAUGUUAGGAGGUGAUUUAAGAUUUCACUUGGAAAGGCAAGGAAAUAUGAAAGAAGAAGUUGUAAAAUUUUAUGUUGCUGAAGUAAGCCUUGGAUUGGCUGAUUUAAAACCCGAUAAUGUUCUUUUAGAUGAAAAAGGUCAUGCUCAUUUGACCGAUUUCAAUAUAGCUGUUCAUUAUAAUGAAAGAAAACCUCUCACAUCAAUUGCUGGAUCGAUGGCUUAUAUGGCUCCCGAGGUAUUAAUCAAAAAAGGAUAUUUUGAUUCAGUGGAUUGGUGGUCACUUGGAGUUGUGAUGUAUGAACUUCUCUUCAGUAAGAGACCUUUUCGUGGAAAGACCAAUUCUACGUUAACAAAUGCUAUUUUAAACGAACCCUUACAUUUUCCGGAUAAUGUUCAAGAUAUGGUUAGCAAGGAGUGUAUCGAUUGUUUAAAAAAAUUUUGCGAGAGAGACAUUUCAAAACGACUUGGCUGUGGACCAAACGGUUUAGAAAAUAUCAAAAAUCAUCCGUGGUUUAAAGAUAUUGAAUGGAGUAAACUUGAUACAAAACAGGCUAGACCACCGUUUAUCCCGGAUUCUAAGCGGGCCAAUUUUGACGCUACUCAUGAACUUGAAGAAUUACUUCUUGAAGAUAAUCCCCUUAAAGCCAAAAAGCGUGCAAAUCAAGAUAUAAGUGAACUUCCCAAAGAAAUGAGAACAAUGGAAGAAAAAUUUUUAGUAUAUGAUUUCACCAAGAUGCGUCGAAGAUGUUUUUAUAAUAAUCCAAGUACAGCAAAUUCGGAAAGAAGUCAUAGAACUAGACAAAGUGAAAGCAAAAGUAAUGGUACCUCUACAGCAGUUGAUCAUAAUUCACCAAAUCCCUUAAAUCGAAAUCAAAAUCAUAGUAAUAUGGAAACAAAUGCAUCUAAUUUACCAACUCGUCCACUAUUAGUACAUAUGCGUUCCGAAUCCGAUUUAACUGCUGUAGAUUAUAACGAAAAAAUAAAAGGGGAAAUAAAAUGUGAAAUAAAACAUGAAUCAAAAGGUGAUUGGUUAAAUGAAAAACCAAUAUCACCUCUAAAUCGAGAUAAUAACGGAAGAAUUAGUCCUAUAUCUAGUGAUUUAGAUCGAUUUUCACCACCUAUAAAUAUAAAAUCUUCAUUAUCUCCACCACCACGAAUUCAAACACCU